AUGAAACGUCCCAUUACCUAUCCAGACCGCCUUGCCCAGUGGAAACACUCCCUUGGUUUUGCAACCAAGCCGUUGACGCAAGAUUGGGCCUUGGUGGGCACUACUCAUGUGGCACUCACCCUUGCACUCAAUCCAGGAGCUACCGAUACCGCCAUUUUCGCCUACCUGGACAAUUACAAUCCUGUUUCGGGGGUGGCGAAUUACAUAACAGAGGGUUGUAUUCGAGCUGUGCAUCGAGCGUCUACAAACAACAACAACAACAACAAGACCACACACGUUGGGGCCUUUGAUACCAUCGAGCGAUCCUACCUGAUGCGUGACAUGCUGGCGUUGGAAGACUGGACAACGGUAGAGUUCUCGCUGGAGCCAGUCGCCUAUCUUGUACCCAAAGGGAAUGUGCUAAGGUUCAGCUUGGCAGGAGCCGACACGGACAACUACUAUUUGGAAAAUAUCAAGGGACUUGCACAGUCUUGGCGCAUUGAUGCUUCUCGAUCAGAGCUCCUUAAGUUAAACAUAGUCAUGUCUAGCUAG